AUAAGUUUGUAAUCUAUUAUGAGGAUUAUAAAAAUGAGGAUUACGGGCUACUGUGUCACACAAUAAAUACUGAAGCCGGAAAUAUUUUUUUUCAAUCGAGUCGAUCACUUGAUACACAAUGCGUGCUCUCGUGCUGCUAGCCCUCUUGGGAACUGCCCUUGCGGCACCCAAGCAAGUGUCCAGAAUCGUGGGAGGCGAGCCCACUACUAUCGACCAAUACCCGUACAUGAGCAACAUGCUGUACCACUUCUGGGGUAUCUGGUGGAUGCAAUGGUGUGGCGGCUCACUUAUCACCACAACUUCUGUCCUGUCAGCAGCCCAUUGCUACGAGGGUGACAUACCAAGUGAUUGGCAAAUUCGUCUCGGCUCAUCUUUUGCGUCCAGCGGUGGGCAAGUGAUUCCUGCGUCACUCUUGGUGCUUCACGCUCAGUACAACAGAAACACCCUUGAAAAUGACGUGGCGAUCAUCAGGCUGUCGUCGCCCGCCACUUUGUCAGCCAGUGUUGGAGUAGCACGCAUUCCCGGCCCUGCCUAUAUUCUUCCUGACAAUACCGUCGUCACGUCAAUCGGAUGGGGUGCUCUCACUCAAGGUGGUGCCAGCCCUGAGCAGCUUCAACAUGUUGAUGUCAACAUCAUCAACCAAACUCUCUGCUCAGAGCGUUACGCGUACCUCAAGACUCUCCCUGGAUACCAGAAUUGGCCCGACGUAACUGGUGUUAUGUUGUGCGCUGGAAUCCUCGAUGUUGGAGGCAAGGACGCCUGUCAAGGUGACUCUGGGGGCCCUCUGGCCCACGACUCGGACGUCGUUGUUGGUAUCACCUCAUGGGGCUUCGGCUGCGCUCAUGAGUUCUACCCUGGAGUUAACGCUCGAGUUUCUUCAUACACCGAUUGGAUUGUUGAAAACGCAUAAUCAGUGCUAUUUUACUUAUAAGUACCUACUCACUUAAGUACUAUGUGAUAAAGUGAUAUCAAUAAAUUAUAUUAAUGCA